AUGACUUUUAUGCAAUUAAUCGUUUUGUGGUCAUUAGGCUCAUCGUUAAUAAGUGUGCACGGAAAGGUUGCAUUAAGGAGUGGAAAAAUAGCGGAUAUAGGAAAUGCGAUCGGCGAAACAAAACCAGAAGUUGAUACAAAAGUUUUCGUCUAUUUACCAACGACUGUUAUUCCUAACACUGAUGCUGUUGACGCUCGUGUAAACGUAGUUCAAGAAAUAUCCAACAGUAUAGACGAUGACAUUGAACAAAAUGAGACCAAAAUUGACGAGGCACAUAAAACAAGCAAUCAAACGUGUGAAAUCGCACCAGAAAGCUGCGGGUCAAGAACAAAUGACACAGAGAAACCUACAGCACUUAUACUGACACCUCUAAUAGAGGAAGGAAGAAUUUGUGAAGCACGAAAUGCGAGUAAAGUAAAUUCGAAAUUGUUCCUCGGCGUCGAAAGCUAUUCCGGAUACUUUACUGUGAACAAAAUGUACAAUUCAAACAUCUUCUUUUGGUAUUUCCCCGUCGAAAAUAAGCCCGUUAACACCACACCGUGGAUCGUCUGGCUUCAAGGCGGCCCUGGCGCCUCCAGUAUGACUGGGCUUUUUGAGGAAAUUGGCCCGUUUGUAAUUGACUCAGCGUUUGCUUUGAAAAGAAACGAAUUCUCGUGGCUGCAGAACCACUCAUUAGUCUUCUUCGACAAUCCCGUUGGGGCUGGUUUCAGUUUUACUGAACACAGCAAGGGAUACACCAGAGAUAUGCCUACGUACUCCGGCCAACUGUACUCGGCGUUCAGGCAAUUCCUCGAGCUGUUCCCCGAGCUCAGGUCGGCGCCGCUCUACAUAGCGGGCGAGUCGUACGCUGGCAAGUACGUGCCCUCACUAGGCGUCGAGAUACACAAGUCCAAUUCCCAAAUUAACUUGCAGGGUUUCUUGAUCGGCAAUGCUUACGUAGACCCGGCAGUCAUACCCCAGCUUGCGAGGCCCUUCUACAACUUUGGACUGAUUGAACAGGAGCAGUCCCAGGACUUGAAGCCGUUAGUGGACGCCUUGAAGAGAGAGGUCACCGCGAAAAACAGCACGCUAGCUAAAGUAAAAUGGAUGAACCUGGUCAGCCUGUUGCUCACGAUGAGCCACCAAUCGCACGCUUACAACUUCCUGAGGAACGAUCUGAUGCUGGGCCGUUACGUGCGCUUCCUCAACACGCCCCGAGUACAGAAGGCGAUACACGUGAGGGAGAUGAACUUCAGCUUCGUCAACAUGACCGUGAACGCUUACCUCGCGUCGGACUUCCUCAGCAGCAGCAGGGGGCAUUUUGAGACCCUGCUCGACCACUACAGGGUGCUGGCUUACUGCGGUCAACUAGACCUGAUGAUGCCUUGUAUUACCACUUCGGAAAACUACCGCACGUGGAAAUGGAACGGAACUGAGCAGUUCAUAAAGGCAAAGAGAUUGCCAUAUCUGUAUAAAAACAAACGUGCUGGGUAUUAUAAGAGCGGCGGCAGCCUGACCGAAGUAGUGUUCCUAGGCGCCGGGCAUAUGGUCCCUUUGGACAUACCUGGCCCCGCUCGGGACCUGGUCACGCGCUGGAGCCACAACCAAAAAUUGGGCCCGCGUUUCAGCCUCCUUGAAGGCACCUUCAUAGGCGAUUUUAUUAAAAAUAACUCCAUUGUUCCUUAUCUU